AAACUGGAAUUGACAGUGACAGUUUUGACAGAUGUAAAUAUCUGAUGACUGAUCUCAUCUCACUGAUUGUGAUUUUGCGAUAGUUGGUUACACUAAAACAUAAAUUGCUACAAAUGUGACCUCGAGAUUAAAUGUACUAAUUGCUGAUAAAUGUCUACACGAUUUAUUAAUUAACGAAGCGACCGUGACUAGGCACGACUGGCCGAGGACGGGCGCGGUGCGGCAGACAGUCCAGUGCGUAGCGCGAGGUCGGUGACCGUGGACGUGGACGAGUCGACAAAAUGUUGUCGCGCUACGUGGUGUCGCAAGUGAAGCACAACUCGUACUUCCUGGUGGGGCUGGCGCUGGGGCUGUGGCUGUCGCUGGCGCUGGUGCCGCUGGACGAGCCGUCGGCCGUGGCCUGCGCGGCCGAGCUGGGCGCCGCCGCGGCCGACGACUACGAGCCGCAACGCGAGGAGCGGCCGCUGGGCCCCGCGGGCCGCGCCGCCGGCCGCGCCGUGCAGCGCCCGCGCUACUACAGCACCGAGCUCGGCAUGCGCGGGUCUCUGCUCACCGGAGUGCUGAGCUCUGAAGAGGCUCUCAAGAGUCAGAUAGCCGCCCUGAACCGUACGACGGCGCGCCUGCAGCCCGCACUGAAGUUCUUCAUUACAGCCAGUGCUGUUAGCUCAGUACCGGGAAUGGCAAAUGUGGUCGGCUUCACUGACACGAGGGAAAUGCUGAAACCAUUUCAUGCCCUCAAGUAUUUAGCCGACAACUAUUUAGAAGAGUAUGACUUCUUCUUCCUAGUGUCUGAUACAGCUUACGUGAAUGCCCGGCGCCUGACUGAGCUGGUAUCUCAGCUGAGUGUGAGUGAAGAUAUCUACAUGGGCACCGUCGCAGAGGAUGACAGCCACUACUGCUCACUUGAGGCGGGCAUCCUGCUGUCCAACUCGGUGCUGCGCGCCGUGCACGGGGAGCUGGACUGGUGCGUGCGCAACUCGUACUCCGCGCACCACCACGAGAACAUCGGCCGCUGCGUGCUGCACGCCGCGCGCCGCGCCUGCGCCAGCAGCGCGCAGGGCGCCUUGUACUCCAGCGUGCGCGCGCCCAGCGCCGACCGCCCGCCGCCGCUGACGGAGGCGCUGGCCGACGCCGUGACCGUGCAGCCCGUGGCGCGCGCCGCCGCGCUGUACGCGCUGCACGCGUACACGGCGCGCCUGCACCUGCAGCGCGACCGCGCCGCCACGCGCCGCCUGCGGGCCGCGCUGUGGCGGGGCGCGGCGCGCCACCCGCCGCACUACCGCAACGCCACGUGGCCCGCCGGCCUGCGCGCCGACCCCGGCCUGGCGCCGCCGCCGCCCGACUCCAGGUUCGACCACUUGCGGUGGGUGUCGUUCAACGCGACGCACGCGUUCUACCCCGACGACCAGCACGAGGUCGCACUCAUCUCCGGCGCACACCGCCAGGCACUCGACCUAGUGCUGCGCGCGGCGCGGGGCUGGGCGGCGCGGCGCUGGGGUGGGGCCGAGCCCGCCCUGCUGGAGGGGGCGUGGCUGUGGGAGCCGGCGCGGGCGCUGCGCUACCGCCUGCUGCUGCGGGCGCCAGCCGGCCGGCGCGGGGGGGCGGGCGCGGGCCCGCGCCUGCGCAUGCUGGAGGUGGCCCGGCCGCUGGGCGCGGCGCGCCUGCUGCCGGUGCGCUACGUCACGGAGUCGGCGCGCCUCACACUGCUGGUGGCCGCGCCCCCCACCACGCCCCCCGCCGACCUGCGCGCCUUUCUCGCGCGAUACGAGGCCGUGUGCCUCACGCAGGACAAGAACACCGCGCUCAUACUGGUGAUAGUGGGCAACGCCAACGAGACCACAGCACUGGAGCCCAUUCGCAGCGAGGUAGAGGCACUGCGCCAGCGACACUCGGGCGCCACGCUCACUGUGCUGGACGCGCCUGGCCCCGCCCCCCUCGCUGCGCUGCCCGAAUACGACGCGCUGCUGGCGGCGGGGGGCGUGGCUCUAGCAGUCGCCGCCCCCCACACCUCGCGUGACGCGCUGCUGCUACUGCUGCCGCCGCACGCUGAGUUCAACCAGGACUUCCUCAACCGAGUCAGUAUUACACUACCAUCCCGCCGCACGGCAUGCCUCAACCGAGUCCGCAUGAACACGAUCCCGGGCGAGCAGUGGUACCUGCCGGCGGGGUUCGCGCGCCACUCGCUGUACUCGCACCCGCGGUUCGUGGCGCCGGCCGGCGGCAAGCCGCACGUGCACACGGGCCGCUUCAACCUGCGCGCCACGCUCGCGCUGUCCUUCUACCGCAGCGACUACGACGCAGCCGCUGCCGCCUGGCGGGGGGCGCACGACGCGCCCCCGGCCGCCGUGCUGGCGCGCGCCCCGCUGCGCGUACUGCGCGCCCCCGAGCCGGCGCUAGUGCUGGCGCCGCGCCCCCCGCCGUGCGCGCUGCGCGAGGAGGGCGCGCCCACUGCGUGCGCCCGCGCUCUGCGCGCCCAACACUACGCCACCCUGGACGUGGGGGCGCGACACUCGCUCGCCCAACUGUUGCUGGAGACUCAGGCCGAGCUCGACCAGUGACCGCUCGCAAUAUUUAAAUACAUGUUGUAAUCUGUAUUGUCUA